CCAUAUACACCUUGGGCUUUUGCUUAAAUAGGCGAUGCAGAUCCGACCCGAAAGAAACAAAAAUAAAAGAAGCUCCGCUUCAAACAAAACGAAGAAAAGGAUCUGCAGCACUGGCUCUCUCUCUCUCUCUGGAUUCAAAGAAAGCAGAGGGUUUCCACCGAUGAUUUACACGGCGAUAGACACGUUCUACCUGAGCGAUGACGACCUGGAGAACUCGCCGUCGAGAAAGGACGGCAUAGAUGAAGCCACAGAGACCACGCUCAGAAUCUACGGCUGUGAUUUGAUUCAAGAAAGCGGCAUUCUGCUCAGAAUGCCUCAGGCUGUGAUGGCCACCGGUCAGGUUCUGUUUCACCGUUUCUAUUGCAAGAAGUCUUUUGCUCGCUUCCAUGUCAAGAAAGUUGCUGCUAGUUGUCUGUGGCUUGCAUCAAAGCUGGAGGAAUGUCCUAAGAAAGCUAGACAGGUGAUUAUUGUUUUCCACAGAACGGAAUGUAGGAGGGAGAACUUACCAAUUGAGCAUUUGGAUCCACAAUCAAAGAAAUAUUCAGACUUGAAGAUGGAGUUGAGUAGAACAGAGAGACAUAUUUUGAAAGAGAUGGGUUUCAUUUGCCAUGUUGAACAUCCCCACAAGUUCAUUUCGAAUUACCUUGCCACUCUUGAAUCACCUCCAGAAUUAACGCAAGAAGCCUGGAAUUUAGCAAAUGACAGUUUGCGUACAACUUUGUGUGUUCGAUUCAAGAGUGAGGUAGUUGCUUGUGGUGUUGUGUAUGCUGCUGCUCGGAGGUUUCGUGUCCCCCUUCCUGAGAAUCCCCCAUGGUGGAAGGCAUUUGAUGCUGAUAAAUCAGGGAUUGAUGAAGUUUGUAGGGUUCUGGCUCAUCUGUAUAGUCUUCCUAAAGCUCAAUAUAUUCCAGUCUGCAAGGAUGGAGAUUCAUUUACAUUUUCUAGCAACAAAUGGAAUUCACAGUCCCAGCCAAUUUCAAAGGAAGUUCCUAAGAGUAGCCCACCAACUAUUGCUGAGACAUCUAAUUCAAAUGCACUGGCAGCAGCAGUGAAUCCUGAAUCUUCUGGAUCAAAGGGUGUAAGCAAAACAGCCAUUGAUAAGGUAAAGGAUUCUAAAGAAAGUGAUGAUGAAUCUAAGAGCAUGCCUGUUGAUUUAGAGGGAAGAGAAGAUAUGAAUAUAAAAUCCAAGGCUGAACGCAGCAAAAGCAGGGACAGGGACAGGGAUAGGGAUAGGGAGAGGGAAAGAGACAGGGACAGGGAUAGAAUAAAGGUCCGAGAUCGUGAACGGGGAGAUCGAGAGGAAGCUGAGAGGGAUAGAACCAAGGACCGGGGUCAUCGUUCUAAGGACAGAGCAAAAGAUUCAGGGGGGCAUUCAGAGAAAUCAAGACAUUACUCAUCACGAGAUCGUGACUAUCACAGUUCCUCUUAUUCUUCAAGGGAGAAGGAUCGCUAUAGACAUCACCCCUAUGCCUGAAUGUAUUCAUCUCGGUUUCCCUUGAUUAAACUUGUAGAAUUGAUUUACUUGGUUGUAUGUUGACACAAUUUGGCAGAACGUGUAAAAGAGAGUGAUCAACUGUUGAAGGGCCACGAAUAGGCGAACGUUUUGACAGAGAAGAAAGGGUACAUGCACUUUUUAUUUGUA